AUGAGCAAACGGCUCAGUCGAGCAAGCGAAGCGUUCGUGGCUACAGCCGAGUUCAAUGGAUGGGGCGAUCCGGUACAGCCUUUUCGUCGAAUGGAGGAUGUCGAGCUAGACGAGCGUCCUGUGACCACCCGCAUCUCCAAAAACCCAGACGGCACACUGAGGCUCAACGGAGUGGAUGAUGGUUCCAAGCCAACGCAACCACAAUACGGCAUGAAGUUCUACCUUAUCCUCCUCGCCCUCAGUAUGACCAAUAUCCUCGUUGCUUUUGAGGGCACCGUCGUAUCUACCGCACUACCAACGAUCGUCCGUGAGUUAGGAGGUGGCUCAUCAUACGUUUGGGUUUCAUCGGGAUAUUUCCUCGCAUCGACCGUACUUCAACCGCUCUACGGCCAGCUCGCAGACAUCUUCGUUGCAUUUGUGGUCGGAAGCGGCAUCUCAGGUGGAGCACCCGACAUGUCCAUAAUGAUCCUCGGAAGAGUGAUCCAGGGUGUUGGUGGUGGCGGCAUCAAUAUGUUGGUCAACCUGAUCGUUUGCGACUUGGUUCCUCUCCGUGACCGCGGCAAGUGGAUGGCAGUCAUCUUUGCCGCCAUCUCUGUCGGUACUGGUCUCGGUCCGUUCCUUGGAGGUGUCAUCGUCCAGACAACAUCAUGGCGCUGGGUCUUCCUGCUCAAUCUCCCCGUCGGAGUACUCGCGCUUGUUCUACUUGUCGUCUUCCUGCGUAUUAAGACACCCAAAUCCACAGGCACCUGGCGCGAGAAGCUAGCCAAAUUGGACCUAGGAGGCAACUUCAUCUUCAUCGUCUCGGUUUCCAUGAUCUUGGUUGCACUGGCAUAUGCCGGCACACUGUGGCCCUGGGAUAGCUACAACUCUAUCGCAACGCUUCUCUUCGGUGUAUUCGGUAUAGUCGUCUUCGUGUUCUACGAAGAGAGCAACUACUGCCCACAUCCAACCAUUCCUCUACGACUCUUCCGGAACCGGACGUCCGCCGCGGCUUUUGCGAUUACGUUCAUUCACUCCAUGCUGACCUUGUUGGUCAUCUACUUCCUUCCAGUCUAUUUUCAGGGUGUCCUUUUAUCUACUCCUACCCGCUCGGGUGUCCAGAUGCUCCCAACCGUUAUUGUUUUGUUUGGUCGCUACAAGCCCUUCCACAUUGCCGGAUUCUUGGUCAUCACAGCCGGUCUAGGCUCUUUCAUCACUUUAGAUAGAAACAGCUCAAUGGCUGCAUGGGUUAUGGUCCAUCUCAGUACCCUAUUGCCCGCCGUGCAAGCCAGACUGAGCGAUAAGGAUACGGCGGCUGCCACGGCCACGUGGGCUUUCAUCCGUCAAUUUGCUAUCUUCAACAGCCGAGUUGAGAUGCUUCUUCCUCGUAUUAGUAGUAUGGCCGUGCGUGCAGCGCUGGACAACGGUGCGGCUUACGAUCACGGUACGAAGGAGUACAUAAGCCAGUUUCAGAAUCCAUUAAGAGGCGAAAUCAUUUCGGUGUACGAAGACAGCCUGCAGCUAGUUUGGAUUUUCGCGACCGCUAUGGCCGGUCUUGGGUUCUUGCUCGUCAAUGACUUCGGUAUGGACAAGAAGGACUAA